GAGAGAGAGAGAGGGUCUGAGGUAAUUCUCUGUGUUGAUUACUCUCUGUGUGCCAGUCUCUCCAAACUACAAUCUAGGUUUUGUGGAAGUGUUGAUCAAGAAUUGGAAAUCCUAUUUGUGGUUGCUAGGAAGAGAUGGGAUCAGAAGGGCCAAAGAAUGUGACAAUUCAUGUGACUGGAUUCAAAAAAUUCAAAGGGGUUACUGAAAAUCCUACUGAAACUAUUGUUACUAAUUUGAAAAGUUAUGUUGAAAAGAGAGGAUUGCCCACUGGCGUUACUUUAGGGAGCUGCACGGUUCUUGAGACUGCCGGAGAUGGUGCACUUCCCAUACUUUACAAUGUCAUGGAGUCUGGUAUCUCCAAUAGUUCGAGCAAUGAACAAGUCGUAUGGCUUCACUUGGGGGUCAACAGUGGGGCAAUGAAAUUUGCUGUUGAGCGGCAGGCUGUGAAUGAAGCCACUUUCUGUUGUCCAGAUGAGCUCAGUUGGCAACCUAAGCGAGUGCCAAUUGUACUUGAGGAUGGAGGAACAACACUUACAAGAGAGACUUCUUGCUCUGUUGAGGCAAUCAUACAGUUUUUGAAGAAGAAAGGCUACGAUGUGCUGAUAUCUGAUGAUGCAGGCCGUUUUGUGUGCAAUUAUGUGUACUAUCACUCCUUACGUUUUGCAGAGCAGAAAGGCCACAAAUCUCUCUUUCUCCAUGUUCCUCUUUUUUCAAGAAUUAAUGAAGAAAUGCAAAUGCAGUUUGUGGUGGCACUUUUGGAGGCUAUUUCAUCCACAUGUUAACAUCACUCAAUUGCCUACGAAAUAAAAUUUUAAAUGUUUUUUGUUUGUCUUAAUUUGAACUGUAAAUCUCCCAUGUUUCUACAAAAAUAAGAUAAUAACAUUGUGAGUAUGUAGAUUUCUGUUUGUUGUUUGUAAGUAGAAUAGUUGUUCCUUCUAAUCCUGCUUAUGGAGAUUCCACAAUGUAUCCUUUGAUUGUGUCUUAAUAUAUAUGCUGCACUGGGUUUUUCAGUA